AUGCACCCUCCGCUCAUCAUAGACAAGCAUCCCAUCUGUGCUGAGUUCAUUGAGGCGCUGACGCGAUGCCACAAGGAACACAGCGUGGCCAAGUGGUGGGGCGCCUGCAACGACCCAAAGUUUGAGUUGACAAAGUGCCUUGACCGGGAAAAGAAGGAGCUCAGGGCGGCGCGCCAGGAGAAGGCCAAGGCGGAGUUUCGUGAGAAGCAGGAGCGGAGCCGUCAGGAGCGCGAGAAGCGGGCGCAGCAGGAGCAGCAGCAGCAGCCGCAGCAGCCGCCAACACCGCCGCAGCAGCAGCCCAGACAGCAGGAGCAACCACAGAGUCAACAACAGCAGCAACAGCAGCAGCAGCAGCAGCGGCAGCAGCAGCAGCAGCAGCAGCAGCAGGCGGCUCAGAGGCAGCCACCGCUGCAGGACGCCAGGAUGCAGUUGCUGGAGCGAGCCGAGGCCGCAACCGCCUGCUUCGCCCUUUUCUUCAACACAUGA